AUGGCGAAGGACGACCUCGCCGUGCUGACGCUCCGGAAUCUAGUUUUUGAUAUAUGUAACCAAAAUGGGGGUGGACAUGGUGGAUCAGCCAUUGGAAUGGCUGCUAUAGGUGUCGCGUUAUGGAAAUACAUCAUGCGUUACAGUCCCUCAAACCCAGACUGGUUUGAUCGGGACCGAUUUGUGCUAUCAAACGGUCAUUGUGCGAUGUUCCUCUAUGCUCUCAAUCACCUUACAGGCUUUGAUGCCUGGAAGAUGGAGGAGUUAAGGCACUACGGGGACGCAAAGCUAAAUGGUAUUCGUACCCUUGCCCAUGGGCAUCCUGAAAUCGAGUGUCCCGGUGUGGAGGUCACUACAGGGCCCCUGGGACAGGGUAUUGCAAACGCAGUCGGACUUGCUAUUGCAUCGAAAAAUUUGGGUGCCUUGUAUAAUGAACCUGGUUAUGAUGUCGUGACUUCUCGGAUCUAUUGUAUGACUGGCGAUGGAUGUUUGAUGGAGGGCGUUGCACUUGAAGCCAUUUCGCUCGCGGGACAUCUUCAACUCGAUAACAUGGUCUUAAUAUAUGACAACAACGGAGUGACAUGUGACGGUCCGCUCUCAUGGAUCAACGCUGAAGAUGUCAACGGCAAAAUGCGAUCCUCUGGAUGGCAUGUCUUGGAUGUUAUAGAUGGUUCCCACGAUGUCCAGGCCAUAUGUGCAGCUUUACAGCAUGCUAGAACCCUGCGCGGAAAGCCGGUAUUUAUUAAUAUUCGGACAGUUAUCGGUGUUGGGACCAAUACAGCAGGAACGGCUAAGGCACAUCACGGUGCAUUUGACCAAGAUAGCGUUGCCCGUUCAAAGAUCCUGGCGGGACUAGACCCUUCGACUACCCAUGUCGUGCCGGAAAAGGGCCUAGAGUUCUUCCGGGAGCGAAAAGAGCAUGGGAAGUGGUUAGAGAAUAAAUGGCUGAAGCUUCUGGAUGACUAUUCUAAAGCUCACCCGGAGAAAGCACGGGAGUUUACUGCUCGACGUCAGGGCACAGUCACUGGAUACGAUGAGCUUCUCCGCAAGAUGGAUACCAACCUUUUCAGUGGUAUGCCCACUCGCGAGUCGAACGGUUUAAUCCUCCAUAAAUUGUGGGCUGAAUGUCUUCCACUCAUUGGAGGAGGAGCGGACCUCGUGAAUUCAAACAAAAUAGUUUAUUCCGACUCUGAUGUCUUCCAUCCGACCGUUAGCUACCAUGGCCGAUACAUCAGAUAUGGCAUUAGAGAACAUGCAAUGGCUUCGGUUUCCAACGGCAUAGCAGCCUUCAGCCCAGGAACCUUCAUCCCCGUUACCGCAACCUUCUUGAUGUUUUACAUUUACGCUGCGCCCGGAGUCCGAAUGGGAGCUCUCAGUAACCUUCCCGCGAUCCACAUCGCCACACAUGAUUCCUUCGCUGAGGGCCAAAACGGGCCCACUCAUCAGCCAGUCGAACUCGACUCACUCUAUAGGGCUAUGCCUAAUCUUACAUAUAUCCGCCCCUGUGAUGCCGAAGAAGUUCUGGGCGCCUGGAUUCACGCAAUGGGGUCGAAGAAGGCUCCGACAAUGAUAUCCCUCGCUCGCGAUCCAGUUGGAAAGGUACCUAAUACCGAUAGAUUCCGAACAUUACUAGGGGCCUAUGUGAUCCAGGAGGAUGAAGAAGCAGACAUAACCCUAGUCAGCUGUGGAUCCAACUUACACCACGUUGUCACCGCUGCGAGGCAGCUGCGAGACGAUUCAAUCCGAAGUCGAGUGGUAAGCUGUCCCAGUUUUGAUUUGUUUGACCACCAAAAUGCAGAGUAUCGGCAAUCUGUCUUUCCCUUGGAUGGUAAACCUAUCGUGAGUGUCGAGGAGUAUGUCGCAACCACAUGGGCCCGAUACGUCACGGCCAGCAUUGGGAUGAAGACUUAUGGCUAUUCUGCUUCAAAUCAGAGCAACUAUGAGCGCUUCGGCUUAGACGCAAAUGGAAUUGUAUCGAGAGUGAAGCAGUACAUGGAGUUUAUAGGUGGCCGUAAUGCACGGACAUUGGGAUGGCAAUGUAUUUAA